CUUUGUAUUUCAUUCCAACAACCACUAUCUAUUAAAUUUACACAUUCAUUGUUUACAAUUCUACACUCACUCCACAUAUCUGAUAUUCGUAAUAGUGAAUUUAACAUAUGGCUGAAGCUUUCGUCAAAGUUCUGAUAGAGAAUCUUACUUCUUUCCUCAAAGGGGAACUUGUAUUGGUUUUCGGUUUUGAAAAUGAAUUCCAAAGGCUUUCAAGCAUCUUCUCUACAAUUCAAGCCGUCCUUAAAGAUGCUCAGGAGAAGCAACUCAACGACAAACCACUAGAAAAUUGGUUGCAAAAACUCAAUGCCGCUACAUAUGAAGUCGAUGACAUCUUGGAUGAAUAUAAAACUAAGGCCACACUAUUCUCCCAGUCUGCAUAUGGCCUUUAUCAUCCAAAGGUUAUCCCUUUCCGUCACAAGGUCGGGAAAAGGAUAGACCGAGUGAUGAAAAAAUUAAAUGCAAUUGCUGAGGAAAGAAAGAAUUUCCAUUUGCACGAAAAUAUUAGAGAGAGAUAA